GAGCUCUCCACCGGUAUCGAUGCGAAAAUGAAGCGCGAUAUGUGGGGCACGUUGAGGACUGUGGCAAGAGGGAAGGCUAUUGUGAUCACAACACAUUCUAUUGAGGAAGCGUCUGCUCUCGCCAACAAGGUCAGAAUCUUGGCUAAGAAGACGCUUGCCGUGAGAACAGCCGACUCUUUGGCGGAGCGUUAUGCAACGUAUGAAGUCCAUUUCUCCUGCUGCAGUCGGGAGGAGGUGGUCCUUGCCGAAGAGCUCAUGGCCCAGGUCCCUGGCGCGCGUAUGGCGGACGACGUAGCAACGCGUUUCGAGGUCCCCAUAGGACAUGGGAUGUCGCUGGCAAAGCUAUUCGGCAUACUCUCGCCACAGAAGGACUUCGAGGAUACAGUGGAGAGAGCGACGCUUGAGAGCGUGUUCCUGAAGAUGAUCAGGGAGAACGACGUCCUUGAGGAGGACACGGCAUCGCGGACGCGAAGCCAGUAAAUUCCGCAGUCAUUCACUUCAGCACGAUGGCAGACGAUGGCAUAGUCCGGAUCAGUCUUCAAUUGUACAA